UCCGCGCGCUAUCAUAGGUAGGGAGGCGUAGGUAAGGCGCCCGUGGGGGCGCACCAUCUGCUGCCUAUCUACCUAUAGAGACGAGAGAAGGAAAAAGGGGGAGGGGGUGUGGUUGCACGCCGCGCAUGCGAACACACCGGAAGCGCGCUGUGCUGCGCUGCACGACGGAGGGCCUGCCAUCCGAGACUACCUUCCUAGGUAGGUGGCUACUCGUCGGAAGGGUGUGGGUGAGUGAGAGAGUGAGCGAACGAGCGGGCGCGGAUGUCGGGGACGUCAGCAGUUUGCUCUCAGCCCGGCUGGCCCGACUGGUGCCCGACCGCCCUCGAUGCCCUGGCGCAUAUGUAUGUAUGUAUGAGGAAUCUAUGGGGGCGGCCAACGAAGGCCGGACGGGAUCGAUCGUCUGGAAAAAAGAGGACCUAUCAGCAUCCGCCCGCCCGCUGGGGGAUCGCCGUGUUUACGCGGCCUCUGAUCGAGCCGUCCGCCGUGCUACUCUACCAACGCAACCUUUCUGGGCCUGCGACAUCCAUUGUCGUGAGAACGAGCUGAGGACGAUGAUGAUGAGGCGCCUGUGCCUUUGUUUCAGGUCCUACCUUCCACGAGCCCCCCCGCGGGGUACACGCCUCGUGGCCUGAUUACGCUUGUUGCCUUUUUUGCUUUUUGCUUUUUGCGCCCUGAAGCUCCAUCAGCCGCAAAUGCGGGAGGCGCC